GGGCGAAAGCACAGCUCCAGAGCAGAUGUGAACUGACAGAUAUGUCUAGAUAUGACUUCACACUGUGUAUAUAACGAGGUGAAACCUGGCAAAUAAGAGCCUGAAGUGGCCUGGCCCUAAUCCUCGAAGUAUUUGGACCCACCCUUUGAGGAAGUACCACGCAAACACAUCAAGCUGCGCGCAAUCGGGUCAAUUUGUAGGAUAGUUGCAGCACUCGGUAAGGGGGCGAGCAAUCAGUUGCAGCGUUGAACUGGAUUCGUACCUUCAUACCAAUAUGUACUAUUCCGAAUUCUUCAGUAGGCAAAUGUAUUUCAAUGAGACAAACGGCGAACGACAAGUCGUCCGGCGCCAUGUCUUGACACUUCUACAGAUUGCUGGGGAAGCAGCCGCAAGCAGACUGGACAAGCCUGGCGCACCAGAGCAAUCCAUGGGGAAGGGCGUGUUCUCGGGGACCAAACAAGCGUUUAUCGCAGAAAUGUAUACUUAAAGCC